AUUGGCUUAAGAUUCGGGUUAUUCCAAUGAAUAAGGAGAUCCUGUCAAAGGUUCCUCAAGAAUAUCGUAAGACGGUGAAGAAAUAUUGUCAAUGGGAAGUGACAUUUUUCAGGAGAGACAUCGAACCAGCGCCGCAAGUAAGUCCGUUCAACGUUCCCGAGAGGUAUUUUUCAGACACCGACAUCUUCAGUGGUGUGCCACAUGAGGCAGUCGGCCGGAUCAUCUCGGCGCUACUGCAUAUCACACACAGGCUUAAUAACAUAAGCCUACAAAAGCUGCUUCCUCUCGUAAAAUCACAUUUCAAAGUCAAGAAAAUCCCUAAGAUCGGCAGUUAUUUAGCGACAGAAGAAGAUCUGGAAAAAUUCAUCGUCAACUCCCCUCAAUAUUUCACGAUUUCAUCAAGAGUCGUGAAGCGCUGUUGCGGGUUCAGCGAUGACGUUUUCAAUUCAGCUAUUACCCAGAAAGCCCUUGGGAUACAAUUUCCUAGCACUACAGGGACAAGAAGGCAGACUGCUGCUGCAUCUUCUGCUGGCGAUCCUGUUGAUUUCCAAGAUGUGGUCAGUCAAACCAAGAUCAUCGAUUCGUUGGAAGACUGUAAACGAAUUCUUGAUCCGAUCCUUGACCAGUCUAGAAGAGAGACUGUGGUCAUCGGACUCGAUUGUGAAGGUGUAAAGCUAGGAAGAGCGAAGGGAUGCCUGACUCUUGUUCAGAUCUCAACGUGGGACGGGAAAGCAUUCCUCUUUGACGCCUUCAAGAACCCUCAGCUUCUCAAAGGAAACUCGAGUCUCAAGAAGAUACUAGAACAUGACAGCAUCCUGAAGGUGAUCCAUGCUUGUAAAAGUGACACAUAUUCUCUGUAUCAUGGGUUCGGUGUAAAACUCAAGAACGUGUUUGAUACGUCGAUUGCGAUGUUCACAAUAAUGGAGCAACUGAACAGGAACCAUCCCUACCAAAUCGGCUACAAAGCUCUUUGUGAGCUCCUUGGAGAGGCCGCUUCUCACAAGGAUGAUGACUUCAAGAAGAAGAUGAUUGAGACGGAAGAUUUCUGGGAGAUUCGACCAUUAACAGAAGAGAUGAUCUACUACGCUGCAUCUGAUACAUUGUGUUUGGUUCCCACUGUUUACCUGAAACUCAAGGGAAUGCUGACACGGGUUUGGCGAGACCUGUUUACGUGGUCUUGCAAAAACGCCAUGGAAAGAAAACAAAGAGGUAAACCGAGGUACCAGAUGACAUCAGGAACCAAACCAAACCCUAACAAAGGCCAUCGUGAAGGUCCCUCUCUUCAAAACCUGAGAAUUAGCAACGGAGACGACAUCGACGACAGCCACUCCAUCGACGACAGUCCCCACAGCGACUACAGCGACUGUAGCUACUAGUGUGACGUUUUUGAAAAAUUCCAAGCAUUUGAUAGAAGCCUGGUUUUGACCUACAACAUUCUUAAAUGUUGGAUGAAAUCACUAGACAUCAAUGUUUUGAGCAAUGUACGUGAAAAUAGGCUUCUGUGGUAGUCGCAGAGAUGCAUUAUUAUAGCUGAAUAAUUUGUCUGAAUAUGUGGAGACGUGCUGUUAUACAUGUUUUGUUUUGUGAAUCCUUAUUAGCCAAACAAUGAAUGAAUGAUUAUAUUGGAUAAUGUGUAUUGCUUAGACUGUAAUAUAGUUCCCUUUAACAGCAAGUUUCAUCUGUAUAAUUGUAACCAGAUAAUGUUUUGCCUAAUGAUAAUUGUAUAUUAAGAUUUUGAUAAAAUGGGAGAAACUUUCCUCAUAGUAAUAAAAUACGAACCAUGUAUGUGACGCUGUGGUAUAUAUACUGGUAGUGUAAUUUUCCUAAGUAUGUAUCGUUAACAAAUUGUAGUGUAUAUAGUUUUCGUAUUCUUAUCUAUCCAUGCAACACUAUGCUGCAUGUUAAUGCCAUUUUUUGGCUCCAUAAAAUAUGUGAAUUUCAAAAUGAAAUAAUUAAAGCUUAUAUUGACGUAUCUAUCGAUAAAUGUAUUUUGUUUUUUUCAUAAUAAUAGCUUUAGUUAUCUUGAGAAUUUGUUCGUAUUCUUGCCCAUUAAUCUACCAGAUUUCCCACCAAAGUGUAUGGAGUAUUAAAAGCAAGAUAUUCUUUAAUAGCAUGAUUUACAGUGUCUCAGCACGACACAGGCAUCGUCAUUUUCUUGAUAACGUUGUGUACUAUAUGCGAAGUCGCUUGUCAAGUUAAUAUAUUCUAAUGUAUGGCUGUUUCCUUCCCAAGUGUGUAUGAUGAUGAAGCAUUUCAUUCACCUGCUAUUAUCUCGGGUACUAUAAUUGUCAGAACGCAUUUCACAUUACGAAUACAAACAUGAAAUAAGGAUUUUUAUAACGUCGUUUAAAAUAAUUAAGUGAUGGGCAGAUUUUUGCUUCAGGAGGGAGAUUGUUCCGCGGAGAGGGACUUUAGAAAUAUUGAGCUAUGGGAAAUAGAAGCUCUAAUACCUUAGGUAAAUGAUAAUUGUAUGAAUUUUGAGUAUUAUCUAUAUAUUGUGUUGAUGUAUUGUUGAAUUAAGUAAAAACCUUAGGCAUGACCAACUGGAGUAUAAUACGUUUAAAACACACCAAUACAAAUGCAAUACUAAAUCUAUUUAUAUCAUACACGUUGUGUAAUCGUAAGUUAUAAAAAAGUGGCAAAGUGGGGGCAUUUAAAGAAGCAUUAAAAGUUAUCUUCAUUUUUUUUUCUGAAGUAAUGACAACGUGUUGAAAACGUAAUCGGACGAUUUGGACCAAACAUUAUUACAAUAAUUUGUAUGAGAAACAACCAAAGCAUGAUAUGAUAAUAUAAAAAAUAUA